GUAAAGUCUUCCUUUACUGAGGACUUUGGUCUGACUGACAUUUUGUUUCUUGAAAACAUUGAAUCUAAGAGUGUGAAUUUUAAUACAUUUUUAUCUCAUUGAGAGUAUAGUGUAUUAUUAGAAAGUGGAUUGGGGAUUAGAUAUCACCCAAGAUUUAAACCUUUUAUCAGGAUGUCGAAAGUUUUAUCAAUAUUCACAACAGGGUUAGAUAUUACAUGUAUCUUGUGAUUUUCUUUCUCGAUAAUCAGUGUAUGGAUAACAUGACAAACUAGAGAUAGGUUUUAAUGAAGGCUAGAUUAAGAAUGUGUUUUAAUCAUUUUUUCAUGUUGAUGAUGAUGAGGAUGAUUGAUGUGUAAUUUGCCAUGUCAGUUAAAUGUACAGAGAGCCAAAAAAAUCUGUUAAAAUCAAUCAGUGUGUGUAAGACUAAUGUCUAAUGAUAAGGACUCCUUACUUUAAUACUGGAUAUGAUUUAAGGUGUGUCAUGACAUGUAACAUAGAUAAAUUGAAGGAUGUAUAUCUGUGUAUGUAAAUAAGCUAGACAUAUAUUUAGAGAUAGUGCGAGUUGAUUAUUUUUGGUCAUCAAGUGAUUUGAUAGUGUACACUCAGUAGUUACUACUAUUAACCACAUCCAUGUGUUCGUGUUUGAAGCGCUUGUUUUCAUACUCGGAAGAUGAGUAUGAAUUAUCGGCUGAAAUUUCUACAUCUACGGCCAAUUUGACAGAAAUAACACAGGCUAGUGCUGGACACAGCGAGAUUAUGUCAGGACUCCAUAACUGGUAUGCCUGUUCCCAUGCCCGCCCAACCUAUUGUAACGUUUGUAAAGAAGCCCUGUCUGGUGUCACGUCUCACGGUUUAUCUUGUGAAGUUUGUAAAUAUAAAGCACAUAAACGAUGUGCUGUUCGAGCACCUGUAAAUUGUAAAUGGACGUCACUAGCAUCGAUAGGAAAAGAUAUAAUUGAAGAUGAAGAUGGAAUCUCAAUGCCUCAUCAAUGGUUAGAAGGAAACUUACCUGUUAGCGCCAAAUGUCUAGUCUGUGAUAAAACAUGUGGAAGUGUUUUGCGUCUGCAAGAUUUACGCUGUCUCUGGUGUCGAGCCAUGGUACAUACCUCAUGUAAAGAUAAUUUUCCCAAACGAUGUCCAUUGGGUCAAUGUCGCGUUUCUAUUCUACCUCCUACUGCUAUUAAUAACAUCGAUUCAGAUGGCUAUUGGGAAGCCUCACGACCUCCAAGAACCAGUCCCUUGUUAGUUUAUGUUAAUACAAAGAGCGGUGAUAAUCAGGGUGUAAAAUUUUUAAGGCGGUUUAAACAGUUAUUGAAUCCAGCUCAGGUUUUUGAUCUCAUGAAUGGUGGACCAUAUCCCGGGCUAAGAUUGUUUCAGAAGUUUGAUUCAUUUCGUAUUUUAAUAUGUGGUGGAGAUGGAAGUAUAGGAUGGGUCCUGUCAGAAAUAGAUAAAUUAGGUCUACAUAAACAGUGUCAGAUAGGCGUAUUACCGUUUGGUACAGGUAAUGAUUUAGCUCGUGUAUUAGGAUGGGGAGCAGCUUUUGAUGAUGAUACUCAGUUACCUACAGUGCUAGAAAAAAUGGAACAUGCACAAAUCAAAAUGUUAGAUAGAUGGAGUAUAUGGACGUAUGAAGGAAGUAUGCCACCACCCCGAAAACUUUCACAACAGACAGAUCCUAUUUCUCAGUAUGAAGAUUCAAUGGCUGCCCAUUUAACCAAGAUUUUACAUUGUGAAGAUCAUCAAGUUGUUAUAUCAUCUGCCAAAGUGUUGUGUGAAACUGUGAAAGACUUUGUAGCUAAAGUAGGUCAAGCACAUGAAAAUGAUGGAGAGAAAGAAUCUGAAGAAUGUAUAGCCAAUAAGUGUACAGUUUUAAAUGAGAAAUUAGAGAGUUUAUUAACGACCUUGAAUCAGGAACAAGAAGCUUCAGCCAAAGUUGAAGAACAAAGUGAACAAAGAGAGGAGGGAGAGGAACCUGAUCCUGUUGAAGAUAUAGAACGUUUUAUAGUUGGAUCACCUGAACGUGAAAGAUUACCUAUAGAAGAAAUGGUCGGAUCAUCUGAACGUAAUAGACUACCUAUAGAAAUGAUUGUCUCACCUAAAGUUAAAUCUGCAAUUUUUAAGCCAAAAGAUGCUCUGAUGUGUCGUGCCAAUAGUUUAAAGAAAGUUGUUCGUCAGAUUAUAGAACAUACAGAAAAAGCGGUUGAUGAACAGAAUGCCCAGACAGAAGAACACCGCCAUGUUUUACAACAUAUAUAUACUAAAAACACAUUAGAUAUCAGUAAUGAAAAUUCACGAUCGGCACCAAGUUUUGCAAUUUUUUCUUGUGAUCAAGAUCAAGAAGAGGAGAGCAUGGUUCAAGCUGUGCCUGAAGGUUCUCGCUCUCCUAGAGGUCUGUCAUCUAGACGUAUCAGUAGUAUGUCAACUUUUAAUAGAUCAGCCAGUGUUGGUUCCAAUCUAUGUGAACGAGAUAAAAGUCCCGUUAAAGAUGCUAUUCCUGCACCUAAACUUGGAACAUCUUUUGCACAAAUUGCGACUUUACCAGGUAUUAAUAGUGCUAUAGCCAAAUCUCUAGGAGGUGGUAGUUUUAUCAGUAAAGUUUUAUUAGCUAAUGCUGAUGCAUUGUGUGCUGCAGCUUCACCUUUGAUAGAAGAAGAAGUACCACAUGAUCUAUAUACAGAAAAGUGUGUAAUGAAUAACUAUUUUGGUAUUGGUUUAGAUGCUAAGAUAACUCUAAUGUUUCAAAAUAAACGAGAAGAACAUCCGGAAAAAUGCAGGAGCAGGACAAAGAAUUUAAUGUGGUAUGGUGUAUUGGGGGGUAAAGAAAUAUUACAUAGGUCUUUCAAAAAUUUAGAUCAAAAAGUUCUGUUAGAAUGUGAUGGACAGAGAAUACCGCUACCAAGUCUACAGGGUAUUGUUAUAUUAAACAUUCCAAGCUAUGGUGGAGGGGCCAAUUUCUGGGGAGGAACCAAAGAAGAUUUAAAUUUUACAGCACCAAGUUUUGAUGAUAAGAUAUUAGAGGUGGUAGCGGUAUUUGGUGGAGUACAAAUGGCUGUAUCUAGAGUGAUAGAUUUACAACAUCACAGAAUAGCACAGUGUCGAACAGUGAAGAUUAGUAUAUUAGGUGAUGAAGGGGUACCAGUACAAGUUGAUGGUGAAGCAUGGACUCAACCUCCAGGUUAUAUUCGUAUAGUACAUAAAAACAGAGCACAGAUGUUGACAAGAGAUAGGAUGUUUGAAAACGUGUUAAAAUCGUGGUCAGAAAAACAAAAAGUUGAAAGAUUAGGUCAUCCACAGCCAGCUUCACUAACAGAAGAAGAAGCCCAUGCUUUAGUCAGUUUUGUUGAGGCGGCAGCUAAUUUAAUCAGAUGUGUAAAAGCUGCCUCAAAAACUCAUACCUCAGUUGAACAAGAGUUAUUCCCCUUGAGUCAGAAAGCUUCAGAUAGUCUUGACCGUCUGUAUCCCUCAGGAAAAUUAUCAGAGAUGGAAAGUGGUGAUUCCGAAACAUAUCAGCCAACAUUAAGAAUACAAGUAACUGAGUUAAUACAUAGUGUUAAAGUACUGUAUACAGAGACCAAUGUCUUCCUCAGUGAUAAAAGUACUUCACAGCAUAUAUACCCUGAUUUAAAAGAAAAACUAAGCAAUGCAUUAAGUCAUCUAGAAGAUGAAAUGCAGAAGAUAUUAGAAAUAGGAGGAACUGUCUCAGAAUUUUACUCAGAUGAGGCAUUGAUGGAUCAUAAACGUAAACAUGGUAAAUUAAAACAGGUUUAUAACAAAAUGAAGGGAAAGGGUAAAGAAAGAGGUCGGGCAGCUCUUCCUCAAGGUUAUGAUGUAAGAUCCUGGACAACCGAAGAAGUUGGUCACUGGUUAGAAACUCUAGCUUUAGUUGAAUAUAAAGAACAAUUUUCAAGUCAUGAAAUACGUGGCUCUGAAUUACUGAAUCUGGAAAGAGGUGAUUUAAAAGAUCUAGGUGUAACGAAAGUUGGUCAUUUAAAACGUAUACAACAAGGAAUACGAGAACUUAUUAAUCGAGAGGCUGCCUUAGAAAAACUAUUUUACCAGUUCUAAUUCUUACUGUCUCAUAGUAUCUGUUUCUGGAAAAUGGAUGAACUCUUGAGCUGUAUACUCUAAGUGAUAUUUGAGCUACCUGUUUCCAUAGCAGACAUUUUGUGUUUGGGAUGAUGUUCAGUGAGUUCUACUGUCCGAGCGAGUGAACAGAGUGAGUGUAGUAUUUUUGAACUAGAGGAAUUUAGAGUAAAAAUGUGUGUUAGUGGGCGCAAAAUAGAGAAAUCGUGAUAUUGACUUAAUAUGCAGAAGUCGUGAUAUGUUGAUAUGCAGAGUGAAGUGUAGAUGUCAUGGCAUAAGAGUAAAAUGCAGCUAUGUUUUUUAAGGGCAAACAUGGAGCGGUCAAAUACAGAUCUUAUCAUCUCAGGAGUCAAAAUACACAAAUCAUCCUGAGUGUCAAAUACAAACAUCAUAAGCUUAAAAGUGCAAGAGUAGACAUCAUAAUAAUAUUCAAAUAUAGCAUGUGGAGUGCUAAUUUUACACACAUCAUUUUGAGAGUCAAAGUGAAAGUGUCUUGGUGUAAGGAGUGAAAAACUGUAGAAGUUGUUUUUUUCCUAACAGUAGUGUCAAGUUUAUGAAUUCUUUGUUGCAUAGUUUUGUCUUCAUACACUUAUUGUUUGUUUUAUAAUGUUUAUAUUUUCACUUGAUCUCUUUAUUUAUAAUUGUGUAUGUUGGGUGCAGCAGGUCUGUGCCAUUGUUAACAACAACCAAAGAACUGUUUCAUAUUUAUUAUUAUUAUAUACGUAUAUUAUUAUAUUAUUUAUCUGCAUAUUCACAUAAUAUAUAUUAUACACUAUAUAUUUGUCACAGGUAUAUUCCGCAAAGUCCAUAAACUACAUGUAGUUCCAAUAAUUGUCAGUUUAUGUAGCAAUUAUCUUAGUCAUUUUUUUAUUUUGCAGAAUUUAUCACAUAUUUAUUAUCUACUUACAUACUUGUAUUUCGUGUGUAAUUUCUUUUUUUUUUACACAUUAUUUUGAGGUACACAUUCAGUCAUCUUCACUUCUUGGUCUAAUCUUGAGCAAACCAUGUCAAAGUAUUUUUAUUUGAUUCUCCUUUUUACACUUUUAAAUUGAAUUGUCAGCCUUGUCUGUAUGUCCACUAAACUGUUCAACAAAUGUAGACAAGUUUUGAAUUUCAUGAAACUUAUAUAGUAGUGGUCAGUUUUUUGGUUGACUACUCUUGUAUCAGAUGGAUGUUUCUGUACCCUUUUUGACAAACAGAACUUUUAUACUGAUUACUUUUAUUUUAUGGAAAUUCUUUGACUGGAUCCCAUAAUGCAUGGUCUAAUGGGUUGACUGUGUCUGUAUAUUGUGUUUAUGACCAACACUCACAUAUAUUAUUGUUAAAUUGUCAUAAAAUGAAAAAAAGUCUUCGUCAUAAUGCAAAUCUUGUUAAUACAGAACAGAUAUUAUCUAAUGUAGUGGUCUCCAAUUUGGAGUCAUUUUAGAGAAUAGUAUUAGCAAAUAUAUUUGAAAAUAAAAUGAACCUAAAUAAUUCAAAAUAAAAUGUCUUGAGAAACUUGCUAACAUGGAGGCUGUAAAAUUAGUGGAUAUGACCUGCAACUAAUUUUUCAUUAUAUUUGGGUUUUUUUCUGUAUUUGGAAAUAUAUGUUUUAGUUUUAAGUUGUCUUCCAUAUCUGUGUGUUAUAGUUAAUGGAUGAGAUUUAGUUAUAAAAGUUUGAACUUUCAGGCAAUACACAUUUGUAGAUGCAUAGAGCAAUGGUGAGGUAAUUUCCAUUCUGAAAAUUCAGGGUCAGGAUUAGGAUGACCUGUUGUUUUUAACUCUUGUGUUUGGAUUUCAUACCUCCCCCAUCUCUAAAUGCUUCAAAGGCCUGACAUAUACUUGAUUUAUUGUGUCUAACAUCCAGAGAAGCAAUGUAUAGAAAUAAUAUUGUACAAAUUGACAAAACAAUGUACGAUUCAAAUAACACAUAAUGUGAUUUGAAUUGCUUCCUGUAAUGUGCGUAAUACACCAUGGACAUAGAGCGGUCAUCUUUUAAAGGGUAUUAGUACUAUUAGAAAUGUAUGAAACUUAUAAAUUGAACAACUUUGAAUAUAUUGCAAUAUAUGUGUGUGUGGCUUGAUUUGUCCUUUCAAACAAUGAUUCAGAAUUACACAGUUUUUUUAUUUGGUUUUGUUUUUGAUUAGAUAUUAGUUGAUCUGUAAUGUUAGUGUAGAAGUCCAAUCUCUAUAUAUUCAGAGUGUAUAAUACAAUAUAAUUUUGAUAUAUGUACUAUUUUGUAUAAAUAAAUGUAUAUUCCCUCCCCCCCCCCCUUUUGUACUUGUAAAAGAACUUCACCUCAAGUGUCAAAGUAAUUAGAAACCUCGUCUAUAUAUGUGUGAAGUAUAUUUUUUGUAAUUUUGUAAGAAUCAUGAUUUUCAUAUACACAGAGUAAUAAAUACUAGUGCAAAUUUUAUUAUUAUAAUAAUAAUACAAUGUAUGUUGUACAUAUAGAUGUUGUUUAUUAUUUAUAUUAAAUAUUACAUUUAUUCCUUCCUACAAUAAAACUUACAAUCAGCCUAAAUCAAAAAAUUGGGCUGGACUUUUAUAUCAUUUACUUUUAAAGAAUAGCCAUUACAAAAUGUAAAAUGCAUGGCAUAAAGAAUAAAGUAUGUGAAUUAGAUUGUCAUAAGAAUGAAAUAAAAUUCCGAAUGAUUUUAAUUAAUAGAACUGUAUUCCUACUCUUUAAAAUAUGAAUAGAAUCAUAUGAUAGAUCAUUGUUUAAUUUCUGCUCUAUUUUUAUAUUAGCAAUAUUUUGUACCUACAGAACAUUUCAUAUAAACAAAGUCCCGAUAGAAUAUACUUAUGUAUUUUCAACAAAGUUUUUACAAAUAAACAAAUAUAAUGCCAAUUUUAUUCUUGAUUUUUAACAAAACCUCAUGUAUCUGUGUCCUGUUUUCAUUAUAGGAGUUUUACUAUGAAUAGCUUGAUAUUCAACUUAAAUUAGUUUGUGUUAUAGAUUCGUGUUGCUUCUGAUGUGCACACUUUAAGAAAACAUUUUUAAAUCUCAAAUAUCCUUUUUGGUUUGUUAUGAAAGAAUGUGCCUUAAAUAUGUUGUUUUCCUUUGAUUGUAUGCUUAUUGUAUCCCUGUACUUAAUUAUGUAGUUUUAAAAUGCUACAUAUUAUAUAAAAUUUAAUUCAGUUUUUUAAGCUAUGUCAAAUGAUAGCCAAUUGACUAAUAGUCAAAAGAGGAUGUCAUAGGCAAGUAGUGUCUUCUUUUAGCAUGAAUUGUCUACCUUGUGGAUGUUUGCGAAGUAUCUAUGUAAAAAAUAAAUUAUUCAGACAAUUCAUGGUUAGAUACUGAUAUGUAGUUAAACAUUUAUUUUUGUUUUCAUAGUAAAACUAGAUUCCAUUUGUCCAAUUUCUCAAAUAAUGUCAGAUUGCUUGUCCUCAUCUUCUGGAAUCAGGAUUAUUGUGGAGAUGUAUGUAUUUCAAAACUAAUAUGUUUGAAGAUCUGUCUAUUCAAGUUUUGCAGUUGUGUUCACACUGUCCAAGCACCAUUAUGGAAUUCAACAUUGAACACAAUUAACUUACUUAAGGAAAACUUCCAAUAUUGCAGAACUUACUGCCAAUGUAAAUGGAUAAUUGAAAAUUUGUAUUUCCUCAAAAAAGUACCUCAGAGCUUCAGUUAAAAUUUUGGCAAUCUGUACACACACACAAUUUGUGCUACUUUAAAAGACACAUCUGCCAAAAAUUAUAUCUAAGACAAAUAUAUCUCCAUAUAUUAGGGCUAAAAGGAGAAAAGCGCUGGAGCCCAAGUAUAAAGUGGCAAGUGUUUUGUGAAUGAUUGUUUACUUUAUAAUAGAUGGACUUAUCAACAUGAAUACUAGUCAAAUUUUGUUUAGAUCACCAGAAAUUUGUGAAUUUAACAUUCCAAUUACCUAACUGUGCCUCAAUUAUCAAACAGCUUUAAGCACCUUUCAGUCAUUUUAUAUUUCCCCCAUUAUAUAUCUUUUGUGAAUGAUAAUGAGAUUUUUUUUCAGUGAAAGAAUAUUGUAUUGUUCUAGACAUCAACAGGACUGUAUUUAGUACAAAACAGACAUUAAUAAUUCUUUUAUGGCAUUAUAAUCAAUGGAUCCCCGUGGAAAAGUUUCAUGCACAUUUAUUCAAACUUCUUAAAUUUGCAUAUAAUUUUAAUCUUCUAUCAGCUUAUUGAGCUUUCAAAACCCAGACAUGCUACCUAAUAAAAUCUGCAGAUUUUAUAUCAUAUGAUAGCUUUAUAUGCACACUGAGGUUUCUGGCCAGCUACCCACUUUGAAAAGUUACAGUAACAUAAACCCAUUUCAAUUUUCAAUGAGGUACAUGUUAAAAGUCAAAUUUGAUUUUUCUUUGACUCUCUCGUGUGAUACAAGCUAUCGAACUCUUUAAUUUGAAUUAACUGCUUAAUAUAAAUAAUGCCUCAUCAAGAAUAGUAUCCAUUAUGGAAGAUAGAUAUGUAUUGAUUUUUGAAUGCAGACCUGUUUUUUUAAGUCUGUAGCAAACAAUUUUUAUAGAUUAAUCUUAAUAUAAUCCUGACAUAUUUAUUAUUGCCAAAGAUGUCAUAUUUCACAAAAUGAUUGUUAAUGUCUUGUUCAAUUUGUGAUGAUCUUAAUUUAAAAAAAAAAAGAGUGAUUAUUUGUACAUGUGGUAGGAAUCUCGUCUCUAAUAGAAUUAUAACAGUAUUGUACUUGUAUGUGAUGCAAUCACUUUUUCCAUUCUGCGAUUUCUACUCACGGUUAUCAUCUAAGAUUUUUUUUUCUAUGUUUAAACUAAGUCAACUUUGUACAGUUUCAUAUAUCUUGUUAAUAAAUUAUUCAAAUUUUCAAAUAUA